CCUCCCUUUGCCCAAACUCUUCUGCUCUUUUUAAACCUGCCCAAAGGGUGUGUUUUAAGGACUGUAUAUCCAUACCCCGCUUCAGACAGAGAGAGGAUAUUAAAUCGGACUGAGAUGAUCAGAUAGACCGGCAACGUACAUCGAUCAGAUCCUUAAAGAGACAGUGACGCGCUCCGCCGCAGACAGCAGUGUCACUCGUAACGUUACUUCAAGCGACUUUUCGCGUUGUUCGUACCGGACGGGACCGCGUGAUCCGAUGUCGAGAUGAUGAAGGGCAAAAAUGCCUAAUCGGAACCGUUGGACAGCAAUUCUCCGGCAUCUUUUGGAGUUUGAAUGUCAUUGAACGUCCUCUCAGAAACGGCGCGUGUAAGAGCUUGCCACGAGGAUGCUGUUGACGUUGGAGGAAGAAAACAAACAUUUCGAUAUUUUAGACAGAGUACAGUCGGUGUCUUAAAGAGGAUAUUUUACACGAGUACACUUCACUGCAUUCAUUCGUGUGUUUUAGACAGGAGGAGGAAGAGGGUGACAUUGAGGAUGUGGAAGUUCCUGUCAGGGUUAAUCUAAAGUGUGUUUAUAUUUCCUGGUUUGCAUUGCCUAUCUCACCUGGUAAGGGUGUGCUGCUCAGGUGCAAAAGCCAGGAAGUGUGAACAUCGAGCGCCUUUUUUAUGUCGGCCACAACAUGAUGCACGGCUUAUCUGGUCACCUACACAUAGUCUUGACUCGGUAUAUUAUAUUGGUUAGAUAAUAUCGUCUCAGUAGUGUAUAUCAGGUCUCGGGUUACUCUUUUGGACAUGGAUCUUCUCACACGCACAACUUUCCUCUUCUUCGUGCUGCUGCUGGUGGUCAGUUCGAUGCCCCUCGGGGGUCACGCGAGCUCUCCGGAGAGGAACUCCGUUCCCGGUAACGCGAGUGAUCACAGCAGCAACGGGGCCUCGAAACACGGAGACCAAACUCACAAUGUCAGCCAGGACAGCCACACGAAAAAGGCUUUCCCGGUUUUGAAGUUUGACUAUGAGCAUGUGCGGCUGCCCUUUGAGAUCUCUUUAUGGGUGCUGCUGGCCUCCCUCAUGAAAUUAGGGUUUCAUCUGAUUCCCAAAGUGUCCGGUAUCGUGCCUGAAAGCUGUCUGCUCAUUGUGGUGGGUCUGCUGAUUGGUGGUCUUAUAAAGUUGGUGGGCGAGAAACCUCCAGUGCUGGAGUCCAAGGUCUUCUUCUUGUACCUGUUGCCUCCCAUAAUCCUCGAUGCUGGCUAUUUCCUGCCUAUCCGGCCCUUCACGGAGAACCUGGGCACCAUCCUCAUGUUUGCGGUGGUAGGAACCUUGUGGAACUCCUUCUUCAUUGGUGGUGUCCUGUACGGGGUCUGUCAGCUGGAUCAUUCUAACCUGGGCCAGGUGGACCUUCUGUCGUGUCUGCUGUUUGGCUCCAUCAUCUCGGCUGUAGACCCCGUGGCCGUUUUGGCUGUAUUUGAAGAGAUCCACAUUAAUGAACUUCUCCACAUCUUGGUGUUUGGUGAAUCUCUGCUGAAUGAUGCAGUCACUGUGGUUUUGUACCAUCUGUUUGAGGAGUAUUCGAGCGUGGGUAAGAUCACCGUCCCAGAUGUGUUUCUGGGUAUCGUGUGUUUUCUGGUGGUGUCGUUGGGCGGCAUCGUGGUGGGCGCCAUAUACGGCUUCCUGGCGGCGUUCACGUCACGCUUCACCUCUCACACCCGAGUCAUCGAGCCUCUGUUUGUCUUUGUUUACAGCUACUUGGCGUACCUCUCUGCAGAGGUCUUCCACCUGUCGGGCAUUAUGGCUCUAAUCGCGUGUGGUGCUGUGACGCGUCCUUACGUGGAGGCCAACAUAUCCCACAAGUCCCACACCACCAUUAAGUACUUUCUGAAGAUGUGGAGCAGUGUUAGCGAGACUCUCAUCUUCAUCUUCUUGGGAGUGUCCACUGUGGCCGGGAACCACAACUGGAAGUGGUCCUUUGUGAUCUCUACGGUCAUUCUCUGUCUGGUGGCUCGUGUUAUAGGUGUUGUCGGCUUGACCUUCCUGAUCAACAAGUUUCGUAUAGUGAAACUGACACAAAAAGACCAGUUUAUCAUCGCUUAUGGCGGCCUGAGGGGUGCGAUCGCCUUCUCUCUGGUUUACCUCCUGGACACUGUUCAUUUCCCAAUGAAAAACAUGUUCCUCACGGCCAUCAUCACCGUCAUCUUCUUCACUGUGUUUGUGCAGGGUAUGACCAUUCGACCACUGGUUGAUCUCCUGGCAGUGAAGAAGAAACAGGAGACAAAGCGAUCUAUCAAUGAAGAGAUUCACACACAGUUUUUGGACCACCUGUUGACGGGCAUCGAGGACAUCUGUGGACAUUAUGGACAUCAUCAUUGGAAAGACAAGCUGAACCGCUUUAAUAAGAAGUAUGUGAAGAAGUGUCUGAUAGCAGGAGAGCGUUCAAAAGAACCACAGCUCAUUGCUUUCUACCACAAGAUGGAGAUGAAGCAGGCCAUCGAGCUGGUGGAGAGCGGCGGAGGAUCCAAACUGCCCUCUGCUAUGCCAUCCACCGUAUCCAUGCAAAACAUCCAACCCAAGAAGCCGAUUGAAGAUCGAGCGCUGCCUCAACUCUCCAAGUCCCGUGAGGAGGAGAUCAGAAGCAUCCUGCGUACCAACCUGCAGAAGACCCGUCAGAGACUGCAGUCGUAUAAUCGACACACACUGGUGGGCGAUCCGUACGAGGACGGAUGGAACGAGAUGCUCCUCAAACGCAGAAGGAUAAAGGAGAUGGGAAAGAGGAAUAAUUACCUCACCGUUCCAGCUCCGCCUCCUGAUUCACCAACCGUUGCUCGGGCACGUUUAGCUUCUGACCCUCAAGCCUGGGGCAAACCCGUGACCCACGAGAACAUCCCCGUUAUCAAGGUGGACCUGGCGUCUCCGCAGUCGCCGGAGUCGGUCAAUGUGGUGAAUGAGUUGAGUAAGAAGAGCGCUGAGCAGGAGAAUGAAGAUGAGGCCGGUCUGAUGAUGAAACCCGCUUCUCUCGCCAAGAUAAAAGACGAGACGGGCAACGGGGAUGACAAAGAACCACAGCAGCGUCUCCAGCGGUGUCUGAGCGACCCGGGGCCCUGCCCUGAGGAAGAGGAGGAUGAACCCUUCCUCCCUUAAGCCAGCAGCUCGUCAUUGUUGUUAUUAUUAGAGGAUAAAGGGGGUCUAUUAGAUGGAGACCUUCUUUAAAAUCAAACUACGACUUUUAGCAGGAAGCCAAAAUGAGAACUUCAGGAAGAGAAAUGAGAUGAACCAAAAUAAAGAAAUUAAAGGAAGCGAUCAAAACAAGCCAUUUAUAGUUUAUUGCAUCUUUUUCUUUUUGAACAUAACACCGUGUCGUAACCAGAAGCAGUACGGCGAUGAUUAAACCACACAGAUUAAAGUUAAGAGCUUUACGAAACCCCUGAAAAUCUCCAGCGGUGUGUUCGUCUUCUGUAUGGGCUGUGAAUGUUUUUUUGGUUACUGUAUGUAUGCGGUGUUAAAUGAAUAUACCUGUGAGUACAGCCAUAAUACACGUGUGUGCACAAUGCUUUUAAAAAAUAAAAUGUGAAAAGGUCAGACAGCCGGGCAUGUUUUGUGUCUGCUUUUUCUGGUCAUCAUGUCCGGUUAAAUUAAUUCCUGACUGAUUCGACUUGGGUGUAAUCUUGUCGCAUCACGCCUGGUUAAGACACGGUGUUGAUAAAUGUUACUUCCCCUGUGUUUCCUUUGAUGAAUGAGGGGAUGAGAUCUAUGCAUUACCAAAGGAUUGGCACUGUUUAGUUUCGCACUAUAUUCAGGUGAAAUCUUUUUACUGUUAAAGCAUUUUAAAUCAUCAAUGCCUUCAUGAGGUUUUUUUGUGUUUGCACACAUGAAUUGCCUUACUUUUUUUGUGAAUCUCAUGGUUUCUGUUUGAUCUCGAUGGAUUUUACACUUCAGGAGCAAUAUGAAAGCGGACACGUUAUUGCCUUUGUAUAUUUAUCAGUCCGACGGGGCACAUCGAGAGAGUUUGUUUGACACGUGCAGGACCAUUAGAUAUGAUGAUGUAUCUUAACAACUGAACUGUUUUCGCUCAUACUUUAUGUAAUAUCAAAGAUUAUUUGUGUUAAUAAUUCUGCUUUCCCUUUAAAUGCACUUGCGCGCUUUGGUCAUGAGCACGCUGAAAUGAUCUGGACCAUCUUUGAAGGAACGGUUUACUACACAAAAAAAUCUGCUACUAUUUACUCAAUGUCAUGUUGUUUCAAAGCUGUUUGCUUGAAUUUUUUUGUGUGAUUUUUAAGAAAUGUUGGCGCUGGCAAUGCUAAGAUUACAGGUUUGAUUUCCUGGGAACACAAACAUUAUAAGUAACAGAAAUGUUUGAGUUUAAAAUUCCUCAAGGGCAAGAACGUUUUAUUUUUGGGGUGAACCUGUUUUUAAGACAUGCAAUUUGAGGCUUUAACAAUCCUCUGAAACUAGCAGAGCAGUUUAAGGUUCAGAUAUGUAGACUCACAUUGCAUGACCCCUUAAACGUUUUGACUGUCACUGGAGGACAAGAAUGAAUCUUAUACGCUUUGUAUCAUCUAAAAAUCAUCCCUAAAAACUUGUGCACCAAGAGUAAACCUACACUGUCCUCUGUCAGGAGAGGAGAUUCAGACAUUAAAGUGCAUUGCAUAUUUUUAACUAAACUAACAAAGUGAUGUACCAUAAUAUAUUUUGCAUGCACAGAGAGUAUAGAAUAGUCUUAUUUUAUUGUGAGCCGUGUUAAAAAAAAGAUAUAUAUAUAUAUAUUUUACAAGUGAACUCUAAAGAUGACUGAUGUUUAUAAUGUGCUUUUAAGUAUUACAACGCUAACACAACAAUUAUUUUCCCAAUAUCUGUGCUUUUUUUGUCUGUUGUCUUUCUCUUUAAAAAACCUUCUGGAAAGUGCUUAUACAUUUUUUGAGCUGAACAGGUCAUGUGUUUUUGAUUUUCUUGAGACCGUACCUCAAUUAGAUUUGGUUUGAUUCUAAUGGCAGAUAAAUUUGGUCAAUCUAAAAGUUAUCUGCAGUUUAAAUUCUCCACAUUGUGUCCCUAUUUACUUUUUUGCAACUAAUUAAAUUUUUUAGUAUAUAUUUUGAGAUAAAACCUUUUAAUUUCAACAAUUGUGUGUGCAUUUGAAUUGUUUUGAUUUUUGCUUUUGGGGAAUGUCAGUCAAUACUGUAGGAGCAGUGCGACUGAUAUUGUGUGUUUAUAAGAUGAUCCGUGUCUCUCUUUAGGUGGUAAGCCGGGCAUCGUUUAUGUUUUAUUCACCCCUUUUGUUUUUGUUUUACUGUUAUGAUGUAGAACAGACUUCAGUAUUCACAGUGAUGAUGUUUAUUCUCAGAAGACGACUUUAUAUUCAAACUUCUUUCUUCUUGAAAUGGAGCUGCAUACCAAUAUAAAAUACUGAUACCAAAAAGAGAUAUUUGGAGAAAAUUGAGCGACAUUUAAACAUCAUGGGGCGGUUUCCCAGACUAACUUAAAUGUUAGUGUUGUCUUGACCGAAAACAACUUGCUCUACUUUAUCUUAAAAUAUAUCAGUGCGAGUGUUGUGUCUGAAGAUGCACACCAGUAGUGUUUAUUUAUAAAUUAUGCUUUUAAAAAUGACUUAAAUAUCCUAAUUUGACUAAGACCUAGUCCUGGUUUAAGCUAAUCCCUGUCCGGGAAAAACCCCAAAGAGUGGAGAGUACGCUGAAAUAAAUGAAACCAAACGCUCAUGGAUGGGUGUGGAUUAUAUUUUUAACAUCAGUAAGUGCGGUAGCAGGUGCAGAUCGGUGUCGGUCUGCCUUCAGGCUGUUUUGAAUGCGGAUAUUCUGACUAUUAAAUGUUGUGGUUGUUUUUAGUUUCAACGCUUCUGUUCGUCUUAUUUUUUAUUUUCUUAUUAUUCAAAGUAUGGCUGAUUUUAUGUUAGCAGGUUUUUUGUUGUUUAUUUCUAAUCAUAUUCAUCAUAUUAUAGCCUCUCUGUCUGUGAGGUGCUUUGUUAACAGAUCAUUUAUUCUUAUGUAAUUCAUAAUAGCUUUUAUUAUUCAAUUUGACUUAUUUUGUAUUUUGUUGCCUUUUGAAUCUGUUACGUUUUUACAAAUGGACAACUCUCUUUUUAUUUGAUGUAUUUGCUGUAACCUGAAACUGCUGUGUGUGUUUAUCUCUGACCGGCCGCUGCAGGUGUUCAAUGCUGUUUGUGAUUAUAAAAGCUUCUUUGCUGUUCUGGGUGCUUUAUAUUACUCUCUGCUCUUUAUUUAUAUGUCAUAUUGCUGCUUAUCAUUUUGCAAAAUAUCUGAGGAUGCUUGUCAAUCUUGCAAUUCAUUGCCUGAGCUCUGUGUUCAUCUUAUUUGUGGUGUUUUUUGUAAAGAAAAGAUGCCUUUUUUCAAAUGAGUGUUUACUGAAGUUGAUACACUGCAUUGCUUUCUGCAUUCUGGAAAGCAAAACCGCAAAUAAUGAUUUAAUCCUUAACUUCGUCUUUAGGGGCAGUUUCCCAGACUAAAGUGCAUGUUUGAGUUUUUCUAUCAGUAAUGUUUUUUGUAUAAACUACCUAAAUCAGUGGUUCUCAAACUGGGGUCCGGGGCCCCCAGGGGGGCCGCGAGAUGGUGCCAGGGGGGCCCCAGUUUUAUGACAUUUUUAUAAGAUACAUUAAUUUAUCUUGAAUUCUGUGAAAUUAAACCUAAAAAAAAUAAGGCAGCACUACUUUGUAUAAUUUAAUGUUUUGUUUAAUUAAAAUGUGAAGUUUUAGAACUAUUUUUUGUCAUAAAUUUUCUUUGGGGGGGCCGUGAAGGAAUGCACCGUACACAAAGGGGGCCGCACACUGAAAAAGUUUGAGAACCACUGACCUAAAUGUCCUAAAUUAACUAAGGCCUAUCCUGGAUUAAUCUAAACCCUGUCUGGGAAACCCCUUAAAGUUUAUUCCUGCACUUCAAAUAAAAAUGCAGCACGAAAUUAAACCUACAAUUUUUGACUUAAAAAAAAAAGUUGACAUCACUUAUAAAUUUAAGUUGAAAUUGUAGAACUUAAUUUUUUAAUGUGUUGAUUUGACAAAAAUGCUGCAAAUUUUUUUACGGUGUGGGUUGAUGAUGGACUGUUUUAUUGGUUGUUGAAGUGAAUUUAAAGGUGGUGUAUCAUUUCUGUGCCACUAGCUGCACCAAAAGGAUUACAAAUAAAUAAGAAAAUUUCAUCAAGACCAAAUUUUAUC